AUUUUCUUUUUAUUGCGUUCUACAGAACCAGGUACAAUGCAAGCAAUAAAAUGUGUCGUGGUUGGUGAUGGUGCAGUUGGUAAGACGUGUUUAUUGAUCAGCUAUACAACUAAUGCAUUUCCUGGAGAAUACAUACCAACAGUUUUUGAUAAUUAUUCAGCGAAUGUCAUGGUCGAUCAGAGGCCAAUCAACCUUGGGCUUUGGGAUACAGCUGGUCAGGAGGAUUAUGAUCGUUUAAGACCACUUAGCUACCCACAAACUGACUGCUUUAUUCUCUGUUUCAGCCUUGUCAAUCCCGCAUCUUUCGAGAACAUUCGAGCAAAAUGGCAUUCAGAAGUCUCGCACCAUAGUCCUCAUACUCCAAUCAUUUUAGUUGGAACAAAACUUGAUUUACGUGAAGAUCCAAAAACGGUUGAAAAAUUACGAGAGCGUCGACUUACACCAAUUAGCACAGUUCAAGGACAUCAAAUGGCUAAGGACAUUAAAGCUGUCAAAUAUUUGGAGUGUUCUGCCUUGACUCAAGUUGGAUUGAAGCAAGUUUUUGAUGAAGCAAUCCGUGCUGUGCUUUGUCCUCCUCCACCAAAACCUAAGAGAACAUGUGGUGUUCUUUGA